AUGUCGGACAAGGCUAACAUUAGCAAAAUCACUCUGAGGUCGGGUCAAGAUUAUGAUGAGCUUAUAGGAAGAACAGAGGAGAAAGAUGGAGAAGAGAACAAACCAGAGGAGUUGAUUGAGGAAGUUAAGAAGCAUGAAAGGGAUGACUCAGGUGAAGGAACCAACAAUGCAGUCAAGCGUCUGAAACCUUACCUAUACAGGGGAGAGGCCAAAAGGCAGAAGGAGGAUCCGACCGAUUUCAUGGAGAUUUUUGGAAAGCUUGAGAUCAACCUGCCAUUUCUACAAGCAUUGAAGCUACACCCGUUCAGCAGGUUUAUCAAGGACUUCAUAGCUGGAAAAGCUAAACCCGACGGGAAGAUUGUGAUCGGGGAAAGUGUGUUUGCUGUAAUCCAGAAGAGGAUGCUUCCUUCAAAAAGGACUGAUCCUGGGAUGUUCACUCUACCCAUCAUUAUUUGGAAUGUUAAAAUUGAGCAUGCUAUGUGUGAUAUGAGAGCGUCUAUUAAUGUGCUGCCUUUCUCAGUUUACAAGAGAUUGACUGAAGUCAGCCUAGUGGACAUAAAGGUGGUGAUCCAACUAGCGGAUAGAUCAUGCAUUAGCCAUGAAGGAGUACUGGAAAAUGUGAUUGUGAGGGUGCAUGACUUCCUAUACCCUACAGAUUUUCACGUGAUCCGUAUGAAUGAGUUCGAAGAUGGUGAAACUAGUGGAGUAUUGUUGGGGAUGUCAUUCUUGCGAACGGCCAAAACUAUAAUUGAUGUGAGUGACAGUACAAUUUGCUUGGACUAUCAUGGGGAGAAAUUCACUUUCAAUAUUGACAAAGUAAUGAAAAAGCCUAUGGAUACUGAAAAUCUACAUUCGUUAGUUGUGAUUUACCCAUUAGUCCAAGAAUGUCUUGAGACUGAACUAUUGCAGGAGCAGCUUGCAGCUGCUGAAUUGAACGACUCGAUUGAGGAAGAGGUCUCCGGAUGGUGUGACACAAUUUUGACACAGAAUAUGACCGAUGAAGAGAUCAACGAUGCAAUCAUGAGAUUCUUCCAGAAGUCGACUUCAACUGGAUCAACUGGUUUUGCUCAACUGAGUAGUUUGGAAAAGGUGUCCGAUUUUGAUGAGCUAGCAGCAAAGAAUAUAGAGAAAAACCCACUGCCCCAAGAGGCGGUCACGCUUAAGAAGGAAUUAAAGACAUUAUCCCCAGGAUUAAAGUAUGCUUACCUCAGGGAUGAGGAGACUUUUCUAGUCAUCAUUAACAGCCAGUUGACAGCGAAACAAGAUGCAGAGUUAUUGAAUGUACUGAGGAGAAACCAGAAGGCCAUGGAUGGAUUUUGUCGGAUUUGGUCGAGAUCAGACCAGACCUCUGCAUGCAUCACAUACGCCUUGAAGAUGGCGCGAAAGCUCACAGAGAACAGAAAAGGAAACUGA